AUGGACGGCUUCAACGAAAGCUCACAACCCUCACGCCCCGACGGCGCUGCCGACCUCUCCCGCGUCCUGGAGGCGCUUGAGGCCAUCUUCGACGCCCGCUCGUCCAACACCACGCGACAGGAGGCCUCGCUCUACCUUGAGCAGAUCAAGCAGCUGCCCGAAGCCCCCUCGCACGGCUUCGCCCUGGCGCUCGAUGCCUCGCAGCCCGUCCACCUGCGCUACUUUGGUCUCCAACUGCUUGAAUAUUCGAUCAGAUAUGGCUGGGAGGACUACACGGAAGAGCAAGCUCUGGCCAUGCGCCAGUAUGUGAUUCGGCUUGCAGAGGGCGUCUCGCAGCAAGGUCCGACGUUUCUGCGGAAUAAGGUUGCGCAGCUCUGGACCGAAGUCGCUAAGCGGUCCUGGGGAGCGGAUUGGAUGGACAUGGACGAACUCCUGGUCAGGCUCUGGACUUCAUCCCUGGAGCACCAGGGCUUGGUGUUGUAUAUACUGGAAACCCUCUCAGAGGAGGUCUUCAACCGCGACGACGCCAUUGCCAGCCUGCGCGGGAACGAUCUGGGCAAGGCUUGUGUCAGCAUAUUCACUCCCGCUACUAUCAUACAAGAAGAGCUGCCCACACGCGACACCAGUCUGAACGUCAGGUUCGGCGACGAGGGAUGGGUGAAGAGAGUGUGCGAUCUUCUUGACUGGUGCCUGGCGAACAAUGCCGAGAAAGAUGAGCGCAUCUGCGCCAUUGCGGUGAAGGCUCUGAACACCAUUAGAGCGACAAUGCCAUGGUUAAUUCCUAAAGCAAUUGUUUCGACGGAGAGCGUCAACCAUAUUGGCAGAGCCCUUUCUGUUCCGGUGAUUCCUGUCCAGACGGCUGCCGUCGAGGCCUUGUUUGCCAUUUACAAUCGAAGCAACUUCCUGGAGCAGGACUUCGUCGACAUAGUAUGUCCGAUGUAUGGGACGGAGAUUGUAAAUCUGCUUCGCGAAAUCUACAAGUGGACGGCGAGCGACAUGGACAUUAAUGACAUGGAUGAGCCCAAGUACACCUUGUCCAAGAAGCUUUCGGAAGUCCUUGGGAGUCUGGCCAGCUUCGCCGAAAGCAAGCCUACGCUCAUCCCCGAAAGUAGUGAUCUGCCUGGAUUUUUCUCGCUCUUAUUCGAGGUCAUGGGUCACCCCAGUUUGACUGUAUCGAUUCCAAUCUUACACGCUUGGACGAAGCUGUUGAGAGCUCGUGUCAUCAGAGACUCGCAAGCGGUCAUUCAGCUGGUCCCAGCGCUACUGGAACUAUGCAGUCAGCGAUUAGUGCGCUAUGAAGCGUUGCCCGACGAUUCGGAAGAUCCCACCUUCUUACUCCUGAACGAGGACAUAGACACGGUCCCGGAGCGUCACGCUUUUCUCGGCAACUACCGUAGAUAUUGCGUAGACAUCGUCGAAGUCGUUGUCCGGAAAAUGCCCAUGGACGCGAUGCAGCAUAUUCUGGGACAAGCCACGCACCUCUUUAGGCAUCUAUACGACGGCCAAGCCCCUUUCCACGUCCAGACCUUUAUCAAAAACUCUGGAUCAGUGCUCCGGAUGGACGCUCAGAUUUCAGUGAUUGACGCUGCAUUGAGGGGGUAUCUCAAGUGGGUCGCGGGGCACGGGGCAGAUCCACAGCACGACGAGAGCAACAGACAGGCGAUGCAGGAUAUCUUUGAACUUUGGUGCCAAGAGGUCCUCCAAAUCAUAUUCGAGGACCCGGAGAUUACAAGGAAACUGAUUCAACUCUUGGUCACUUUCUCCACGAAGGCAUUGGCGACGAGGCCGAGCUUCGCUCUGCAACUCCUCGAGUACAUUCUUAAUCUCCCUAUAAGAGACGAGCCAUCAUUCCCACAGUAUUCCGAAGCCGUCAAGGGUCUGGAACAAGCAUGCACGGCGGAAAUGCAGCGACUUGCCAUGACCUUCCCCGACCACUUUUUGUCCGUCUACGACGAUAUCGAGCGCCAAAUAAAUGUUGUUAUGGCUAACAAGCCGGUCGACGACCGCCAACGGAUGGGAUACACGGCUUUCCUCUUCAUCAUCAUCCACAGAGCCUCGACCCUGGACCGGUCAGUCCAGGAGGCACGCCUUGCGGAGAUAAUGAACGCGGUAAAGCAACAAUGGCUCAGCCCAGAGCUUUCGGCGUCUCUCUCCUCGUUCCAGUCUUUCUUGGAAAUGCUUAGUCUUGGUCAGGUCAACGAAUUCUUCUCUACUCAUGGAUUUGACAGGACCCAAGACUGGGCAGCGCAGCUGCUUGACGCCGAAGGACAGGCCAAACAGGCCGAGAUCCUGGCACGCUUCGGGCAGCUGCCGCUUCGAUUUACCAAGAACCUGCUAGGCGCAUCGACAGAGAGACUCCGUGACGGCUCUCAGCCAUAUGAGAUAGCCUGCGUGCUAUGGGCGGACGCUAUACCCGCGAUAUUGCCUAAUCUGCUCCAGCUCAUCAGCCACGCUCAAGCCUUUAUGAAUCUCAGAAACUGGUCCCAUCUGCCGGAAGAGAUGCAGAUGGUCAUCAAGAGGGUCCUCACCGACCGUUUUUGGCAAGCGGGCAUCUCCACGGAGAGCAGAGAUGACUUCUUUGCGCGCGUGAGCGGAUCAAAGUCAUCCUAUGAAGGAUUCGCUUCGACUGUGCGUGGCACCGUGAGGCAGAUCCGCGAGGUAUGUUACUUUAUCCUGUACGCCUUGACUAGGUUCAAGGAGUACUUCUACGGCAUCGCGGACCUGCCCAUCCCGCUCAGCCAGGCAUUGUUCGAAAACGCACAAGCGCUGUCGGCGCAUCACGUUUCGGUGCUGCUCAACGUCUCGACGCAGCUGAUUGAAAGCUGCCCCGCCGAUCUCCGGGCGCAAUUCUUGCCGCCGAUCGUCGCAGGUCUCUUCAAAGAGCUUGACACCAAGAUCAGCACCGAGUGGGACAUGAUCAACAAGCAGAUCAGCCAAGCAGGCGAUCAAGAUAACCUUGGCGAUGAGAUGAAAAAUGAAAGCAUCCUGCGUCAACUGACGCACUCGGCCGUCAUGCUGGUGUCACUGCUGCUCGACGACCAGCGUUUCGACACCGGACGGUCCUCGCCUAACGCAAAGGAGCAGCGCAUGCAGACGUUCAUCCUCAACACGCCGCAGGUGCUGGAGGCCAUCCUCGUCUUCUGCAAGACGACGAUCCGGGUGCGCGAUACGCGAUGCGUCACGCUCGUCUCGCGGCUGAUGCGCAUGACGAUCCACCACUUCAAGGACCAGUCGCCGGUCCGCGACUACAUCUGUUGCGACAUGCUCCAAGCUGCGAUCACGUCGUUGCACGAGCCCGCGUUUGUCGACGCGCAAAAGGACCUGGCGAUGCUCAUCGCGCAGAUCAUCCAGCUCGACCCGGUGACGUCGCGCAGCAUCAUCCUGUCUCUGCCAGGGCUGUCGAGUCGGCCGGAAAAGGUCGACAAGGCGUUCAACAACAUCCAGAACGUGCCCAGCGAACGCCAGCAGCGCGGUCUAGUGCUCGACCUGCUGUCAAGCGUGCGCGGAAUCAGCAUUCACGAACAGGGCAAGAUGGCGCGCCCGCAGGUGAAGAAGGCGGCAGUGCAGGAGCAGUACAUGGCGGUAGAGCAGCAGCCGGCCAUUGUCCGAGGAGGCAGCCCCGAGCUGGCGGGUAUGGCUGACAUGUUUGGCUGA